GUAUGUUUCAUUAUCAUUUCAUAGCCGCCCUUUCUUCUCUAAAGAUCAAGCUUCUACACCUGAAAAGAGAAAAUGGAUUCCCUGAAUUUUCUCCAGGAAUGGUGUCAAGGAAAAACAAUCAUCCUCUAUUUUCUUGUCUUAUUUUCUCUUCUGCUGCUAUUCCAGCGCACAAGAAGCAGCAAACUCAAUCUACCACCAUCACCACCAAAGCUACCCAUAAUCGGAAACCUUCACCAGCUAAGUACACUCCCAUAUGAGUCCUUCAGAAACCUUUCGAACAAGUACGGCCCUCUGAUGCUCCUGCACCUAGGCAGUGUUCCAACUCUCGUGGUUUCAUCCUUAGAGACGGCUGAAGAAAUCACCAAAAAACAUGAUAUUAUUUUUGCAGACAGACCUUCCUUGACUAGUGUAGCUAUCGUGUUCAAGGAUUGCCUUGACAUGGCAUUUGGCCCAUACUGCGAGUACUGGAGGGGAGCAAGGAAGCUGUGUGCUCUUCAACUCUUGAGCCAGAGAAGGGUCCAAGCGUUUCACUUCGUAAGGGAAGAAGAAGUUGCGAAGAUGGUUGAGAAGAUCCGGCUUUUGAGCAUCAAUGGAGCUGCAAUUAACAUCAGUGAUCAUUUCAUGUCUCUAUCACAUAACGUAUUAUCAAAAUCAGCUUUUGGUUGCCUAUAUGAUGGCGAAGGUGGCAAGUAUAAGAGUUUCGGAGAAAUGGCGAGGAGGACAAUGGACCUUCUAGCAUCCUUCUGCUUCCGUGAUUUGUUUCCAUACUUGAGUUGGAUCGAUCAUUUAACCGGCUUGGUUGGGAAUUUGGAGGAAAUCUCCAGAGAAUUAAACGAUUUCUUCGAUCGAGUGAUCAGAGAACGCCAGGCGUUAAUGAAUGAUGAUAAUGAGCAGUACUUGGUCGAUAUUCUUCUACGUCUACGAAUGGAGGGGACUGAGCUUGAUCUGUCUCGGAACAACGUUAAAGCAAUUCUAAUGGACAUGUUCAUUGUGGGGACAGACACUACAGCGGCAACCAUGGAUUGGAUGAUGUCGGAGCUGAUGAAAAAUCCAAGAAUAAUGAAUAAAGCUCAAGAAGAGGUAAGAAGAGUGGUCAGAAACAAAUCAAACAUAACUGAAUCUGAUAUAAACCAGAUGGAAUACUUGAAAUGUGUUAUGAAAGAGACUGUGAGAUUUCAUGCUUCAGCAAUGAUGCGCCGACAAACAUCAGCAAGUAUUAAGCUCCAAGGCUAUGAUAUUCCGAAGAAAACAAGGGUGUUCAUAAAUACAUGGGCAAUUCAGAGGGACUCCAAAUUGUGGGACAGGCCAGAGGAGUUUCUUCCGGAGAGAUUUCUCAACUGUUCACAAGAUUCUAAGGAACACAAACAGCUCUUGUUUUCAUUUGGUACUGGGAGAAGAUUUUGCCCUGGAAUGUCUUAUGCGUAUGCAGAAACAGAAUAUGCAAUAGCUAACUUGCUGUACUGGUUUGAUUGGGAGUUGCCUCAUGGGACAAGAGCAGAGGAUCUGGACAUGAGCGACAAAUAUACACUUAUUAUUCGCAGGAAGACACCCCUUUGUGUUGUGGCACAUGCACAUAGUCCAUAGGCCGGGAGGAAACUAUUAUAAAAGUUGUCUGAAAGAAAAAUCUUUGCUUGUUUAAUGUGAUGUGUGUGAUUAUAUCUAAUUUCUUAUUUCUAGUAUGCAAAUCACUGGAUCUUGUCCUUCA